AUGGACACGGACGCUCCUCAUCAGUUACAUCAUCCCCCGGAACCCAGCUCGCUCGCCGGCCACGAUCCUCACCACCAGCUUCAAAACCACCAUCCGCACGCCAGCUACCUCGAGCAGGAGGCGCCUCCAACUACGCACGACUACAGCGCAUACACUGCCGACCAUUACCAUUUCCAGCCGCCCUCUGGCCGCUUUACCGAAGAGUGGGACGCCAGCCAGCGUGGAAGCUCCAUCAUAGACGGUCACCGCCCAAACAACAAGCUCGCCAUGCAGCGCACUGCGUCCAUCAGCAGUUAUGCUGCCGGCGACGACACGAACUUGCCCAUCAGGAACAACACUCUGAGAAAGAAGGGCUCUGUUCGCCGCGCCGGGAGUCUCGGUCGCAGCGCCAGCCGCCGCAGCAAUAGAGCGGGCAGCGUCCGCAGCCUCGCUCUCCAGUCCUCCUCAGACCGUGAUGAGGGUCACAGCGCCUUCUACUGCCCUGUUCCUACCUCCGGCAAUCCCACCACCAUUCUCGCUGAGAGAUUCCAGACCUGGAGGAAAUUUCUCAAGGACUUGAUUGCCUAUUUCCGCGAAAUCCAGAGCCACUAUGAGCAGCGCGCCAAGUCCCUGACCAAGCUCGGCAACGCUGCCAACAAUGUGCCCUCUCCAGACAGCUUUCUCAAGUCUGCCGGCAUUGAUGACGCUCUGCAGCUCCUUCGCUCGUACAAUAGAACUGCCGUUCAAGAAGCGCAAAAGUCCAAGGAGAUUGAAGAGGAUGUCAUCCUCGCACUCACUGGCCUGCGAAGCGAUCUACAGCAGAAGAUCAAGGAAAUCAAACAGCUCUCUGGCGAUUUCAAGAACUCUGUAGAGAAGGAGAUGGGUGCUACGUCCAAGGCUGUCAGUGCCCUUGCUGAUGUCCUCGAUAAGAAUGAGGUCGACUCUUCCUCCACCACGGGCAAACAGGAUCCCUUCCUUCUUCGCCUCGCCGUUGAUCGUCAGGUCGAGCGCCAAAUUGACGAGGAGAACUAUUUGCACCAAGCGUACCUGAACCUUGAGGGCUCUGGACGAGAGCUUGAGUCUAUUGUCGUCGGCGAGAUCCAAAAAGCUUACAACGCCUAUGCUGGUAUCCUUAAGCGAGAAGCCGACAACGCCCUGAAUGUUGUCGGUGAACUGCGCGAGGGUCCUAUUGCCAUGCCCAAAGAUCAAGAAUGGAUCCACUUCGUCACCCACGAGGAUCAAGUUGUCGAUCCUACCAUGCCUCUGCGUGCGCCCGACCAGAUUCACUAUCCUGGCCAAGACCACUUGUCCGCACAAGAGAUUCGCGCUGGACUGCUGGAACGCAAGAGCAAGUACCUCAAGAGCUACACAGCCGGCUGGUAUGUUCUUUCUUCUACUCACCUUCAUGAAUUCAAGUCGGCAGACAAGAACCAAGCACCCGUCAUGUCGCUCUACUUGCCCGAGCAGAAAGUUGGCUCCCACUCGGAAGAUGGUAGCUCCUCCAACAAGUUUAUUCUCAAGGGACGCCAGACCGGUGGCAUGCACCGUGGCCACACCUGGGUUUUCCGCGCGGAGAGCCACGACACCAUGCUAGCCUGGUAUGAGGAUAUCAAGGCUUUGACCGAAAAGUCUCCCGAGGAACGCCAUCAAUUUGUCCGCACCCACUCCAGAAGUCUCAGCCGCUCCUCGCGCCGCUCAGCAAGAUCGGCCAGUAGCGACGGCCUCGACGAUGAAGACGAGGAGCCCUUUACAGGCGGCGAAGUCGACACCAAUCCCACUGCGCGUGCGGAUGCGGCUCCCAGACGACCUGAACCAGCCUAA